CAGAUUAUUCCAGUUAGGUUUGCCCACGGGUGACGUUACCUCGUUUUCACUUUUCUGCCAGCCGGCGUUGGUGGGCUCAUGUGGUCGUCGCACUGACACUGACAUCUAGGCACCUUGUAGGUUCAACAAAUACUUGGUGUUUCACGCAGGGAUUUGUUGCCUCACUAGUCUUCAAGCCUUCCGUUGGCCAUGUCGCAAGUACUUUCCGAGGCCGAAACGGUGGCCAACUCUUUCUCUUCAGAACAUUCCAACUCGUCGUUGGCGUCUGUGGCGGUGGACACCAAAGCGCCUACCGUGACGGAGAUGACGUUCGGACUGUAUCGCGUCCACUGGGACUUGACGUCCCCACCGGUGGCAAGGAUUGUUACCUUCGAGAAAGCCUUCGCAAUUAAACACCUUCCGUUGCAGCAAACUUCAACCUAUGUCAUGACUUUCCGUCGGUCUUACAGCGCCCUUGGCUACUUACACUCGUGUCAAAUGAUUUGCUGUCCCCCAGCGGGCCACGACGCCGCUACUCCCAUCUGCCUCCCUCGAUGUGUGAACUUGGACUACGGCGACGGGAAACAGUUGGAUGUGCCGCCCACAAACGAGACCUGCACCGAAUGGGGAAUGACUUUCAGCGCUGCCAAUACUACAAGUUCCCUCGACGUCUAUCUUAAGUUCCACGUUUUUCCCUUCGUUGAGUUGUAUCGGUUUAUGAUGAACCAAGAGUUUUGCGACGUCACUUUUAAGUUUGCUUGUGGCGGCAUCUACAAGGCCCACACGGCCGUUUUGUGUGUCGACAAUGCUUAUUUUCAGGGGAUGUUCCGCAGCGGCCUCAUGGAGACGAAGACGGGCAUCGUCACGAUAUCUGACACUCCCCGUGAUCUGUUUGUGGACAUGGUGCACUAUUGGUACACGGGCAUCUUACCGCAACACUACUGCUCGGCCGCCGCAUUCGAGUCUGUGCGCUCCAUGUGCGAGUUGGCCAACCGCUACCAACACGUGCAACUGAAGCGCGACUGCGAACGACUCAUUAUCGGCAGACUGAGCGUGUUAAAUGCCAUGUCUCUCUACGUCUGGGCGAAAACGUACAACCUGCCGAGUCUGCGGCAGGCGGCGAUGGCGUUCAUGUGCUCUCAUUGGGUGGAAAUGACGGACAUGCCGGAUAUGGUCCAAUUUGCUCGCGAAAACACUGAAAGGUUUCUCAAGCUGAAUGCGGAAAUUAUUCGCCACAUGUCCGGCGGUGAGUGACUCGCUUUCGUUUUCCCACUGU